AUGCCUUACAAUGCCCGAUCAAAGAAUCUCCCUGAAUCAGUUGCUAAUGGUGGGCUAGAAGACCCCCGAGCAUCUCACCAAGCAUUUUUCAAACAGCGAAUGACUUGUCGAGACGUAAAGGAUUUCAUAUCCAACACAUCAGAAUUUUCGCUUUUGGAACCUGGAUCCAACAGGACAUCUCAACAGGGCAAACGAAACAGCAAGAGCCAGACCAAACUUGAUGAGAUUGUUUCUCGUGCCAAGGAGAUUGGAAAACCUGGCGCUAAACAGAAUGUGGGACAACCUUUGUCGGAUCUCGUCCCGGGGCUAGUCACCACUGGUGGUUUGAGUCGAUCUCCUGCUUUUGAUUGUCUGCCUGUGGUAUCUCAUUGGGCUGAGCGUACCGAUGAAUCUUCGGCCGCAGAUUCUGCGGUCACCGUCCGUCUAUCAUCGACUUGGGAGAGCAUUCAUGUCAUUGGAGAAGGAGCCACCAUGCAGUCUCCACUUGGAGCGCCUUGCUGGUCGCUCAAGACUCAUGGCAUCUCGGCGGUCGACGCGGAGUCGAGCAAAUUUUCUCAAAAAUACGUAGCCGAAAGCAAGACCUUGGUCACGACUGUCGCUUUGGCUCGUCGAGUCGAUACUCCUUUGACCGGAGGAGUUUUGAGCGCUGCUACUGGUAUCUCUUGGAUACGAAAUACACGCGUAGCAGAUGCCGUCGAUUGCGCAGUGGGGUUACUUUCCGACGCCGCAGAACUCUUGACCGCACGCAACAAGGUACUAGCAACAGGAAAUACACAGCGUCUUCCCUUUGCGGAGGUGCAAGAGGUUACACUCGACGUCCUCACACGUGAAGAUUGCGAGGGGCCGCUACUCAACACCAGCGUCUUUUCAAUGGCGAUUGGUUACAAUCGUGGUGUCUAUGGUGGAUCCAUCUCCGGAUUAUGGGCAAUCAUGGAUUCAGCAUUCGUUCUCGAUUAUUCCAUUGGAAAAGAUAGCCCGGAGAUGGCGGAUAAAUUGGCUUUCAGCUUCGCUGAAGUGGCAGCUGUUGCCGAAACCUCCGUGUCCGCAGGUCCACACAUCACAGACAUUCGAGUUGUCAAAGGGUGCAAUUAUUCAUGUUUACGCCAGAAAGCGAUAAUUGAAGAUGAUGACCCAGGACGCUCCCGCCCGUGUAUUGUCGUGUGGAAUGACUUAGCCCGAUUAGCACGUUAUAAGCUUGCAGAUGCCGUUUUCUGUCAUGUCUAUUACGAUGCAGGUGGCGGGGAACAGAUGGCGGCAAUUGCAGGGCUAGGAUGCGUGGCACACGAUUGGAUUGAUCUAGGAGCCGAUGUAGCAUGCGGCGAAGUCAGCAAUAUUAUUCCUUCAUUAACAAGGGGAUCAUUGGAGGAGAAGCCACUCGCCGAAGUGUACUCGCGUCUGACGGGUGCAAUGAUCUGGUAUCGCGAUAACGACCCAUAUAAUCCUGCAGCUCUCUGCCUUUUGUUCACCCACUGGUGGCAACUUGCCAACUGUCGCCACAGACCCAUCACCCUUCUUGGCCGGACCGAUCUUGAUGUCGACAAGUCCAUUAUCGCCACAAUUCCAGAUGCAAGACCAUCACUAGAGCAUUUUCGAGCCUCUGGUAUCGAAAUAGAACGCAGCUCACAAGCCCUAGCCAACGCUGAGGCACGGCUCCAAUCUAUUAUUUCCUCAGGUCCUUUGCCAGAAACCCAGACUGUCAUUGAUCUCCUCGUCAGCCCUGUUCUUGCAUACGUCAAAGGCGGAGAUCACCUUCCAUUGGAAAAUGAAUAUGUUGGGGCUGUCCUCGCGGUGGAAAUAGCUUAUCCUCAUGGGCAAAAGAUUAUGGAGUUGUGGGAUUUGGCAAUUGUCAUGUGGGAAUGCGGAGCUAUGUGGGGGGCAGGAGUGGCCGGGCUUGCGUAUACACACAGUGGUCGUUUGAACUGUGAUAGGGCUCGCGAUGACUUGUCGGAAAGUACCUGGAGCUAA